GGCCAGUGUUGUGGGAUUAUGGUUAGGGCGGGGUCUGAUGAGUAGUGGGCGGGACUGUGCCUUAGGUGCUGUUCUCCAACGCGGCACAUUGCAAGGAGCAGGUGACAGCAGGAGGGGAGCAGUGAGGGCCCCAGCAGCGAGAGGUUUAGGGUGUAGUAGGCAGGUCUGCAUUCCGGGCCACGCAAGCUCGGGCCGCACAGCCCCACGGUCUGGCAGGAUCACUCAGCGCGGCGGAUCGGAGGUGACUGCGGGAGGGGGAGCACCCUGCGUGGGGACUGAGACGCGGAACAGGCUAGGAACCGACACCAUGGCUGUAGGCAACAUCAACGAGCUGCCGGAGAACAUUCUGCUGGAACUGUUCACCCACAUCCCGGCUCGCCAGCUACUGCUGCGCUGCCGACCAGUCUGCAGCCUCUGGAGAGACCUCAUUGACCUGGUCACACUCUGGAAGCGCAAGUGCCUUCAGGAGGGCUUCAUCACCGAGGACUGGGACCAGCCCGUGGCUGACUGGAAGAUCUUCUAUUUCCUGCGUAGCCUCCAGAGGAACCUCCUUCACAACCCUUGUGCCGAAGAGGGCUUUGAGUUCUGGAGCCUGGAUGUGAAUGGAGGAGAUGAAUGGAAGGUGGAGGAUCUCUCCAAGGACCAGCGGAAGGAAUUCCCCAAUGACCAGGUCAAGAAAUACUUCGUGACUUCCUAUUACACCUGCCUCAAGUCCCAGGUGGUGGACCUCAAGGCUGAAGGGUAUUGGGAGGAACUGAUGGACACCACCCGACCGGACAUCGAGGUCAAGGACUGGUUUGCAGCCAGGCCGGACUGCGGGUCCAAGUACCAGCUGUGCGUCCAACUCCUGUCGUCAGCUCACGCACCACUGGGAACCUUCCAGCCGGACCCAGUGAUGAUCCAGCAGAAAAGCGAUGCCAAGUGGAGGGAGGUCUCACACACAUUCUCCAACUAUCCGCCCGGCGUCCGCUACAUCUGGUUUCAGCACGGAGGCGUGGACACCCACUACUGGGCCGGCUGGUACGGCCCGAGAGUCACCAACAGCAGCGUCAUCAUCGGGCCUCCGCUGCCCUGAUGCCUCCUGAGCCCCAGUCCUCGGAGCCCUAAUUGGUAAACAGUCAGAAAGGGCCAAGCAUGGGAAGGGGAGGUGGAAGUCAGUCACUCCCAGACCUCAUUGUUAGUCUUCGCCCCCAGCUGCCUCUGUGUGGAGCUUCUAAUGUCUGGGCCACCCUUCUCCCUAGCCCUCCAGCAGAGCCGCCCCUCUAAGGGGCACAGUGCCUGAGGUUGGGCAGAUAAAAGAGGUUUCCUUCCUUCUCAGAGAGAGGUUCCCCGGCUCGUAUGCUUGCUUAGACCUGUUUCUACCCCUGACCCCUCUCCUUGUUCUCCUUAAGGAGCCUCAGAGCAGGGACAGACAGCAUAUCUGACAGGUUUGGGGACUGCCUUUAAUGAUGUAGACGCCAUAAGGCAGGUCCGGGAGAAGGCCCUGCUGGCCAAUCCUUAGCCUGGUUGUUGGCUGCUGUUUGGCCUUCAAGUCAGGCCUGGUACCAGAUAGGUAGGAUCAGACUGUCCUUGUCAUCAGCAAAGCCCCAGAGUCAAAGUGUGUACCAAUGAGCGCAGGACUCCCCAGAGGACUCAGGAUGAGAGGCAGGAUGGACCUGGACUCUGAGAGCUGGGAUGGGGAAACAGCAGAAGGACCUGGCCAAGUUCUCUGUGGCUUGGAGAUAUCCCAGCCCCAUCUGUAGGAGCUUCAAUCCACACACUACCCCUUGCCCCCAGCACCACCUCACCCCUCCUGUUACACAGCCAAAUAAAAUGUUUCCAGCCUC